AUGUCACAGAGUCCUUUUGGCGAUCCUCCUGCAAGAGUAGAUCUCUCUGAGAGUCGCCUGGGGAGAAACAAUGCCGCUGUCAUUACGACCUAUAUCCUUGCAGCCCUUGCGGUUCUGUUUCGUUUCUAUACCAGAUUCAAAGUUCAGCAGGCAAAGAUAGCCGCGGACGACUGGAUGAUUUUCGCUUCGCUUCUUUCGGUCACUGGGAGUCUCAUUUGCACCAUCAUUGGAGGAAAUUAUGGCCUCGGAAAACAUGUUUGGGCUGUACCCAUCCUUGACGUGGUGGAAGUGAUCCAGAUAUUAUUCAUAUAUGUGAUUCUCUACGUCGCCAACGUUCCACUAAUCAAAUUCUCGAUCCUUCUGUUCUACCGGCGAAUCUUUGGGAUGACAAAGCCCAUGUGGUUCUGUGUUUUUCUCACCGUCGGCUACUUUGUUUCCUGCAUGAUUGCCUUUCUGGUUUGCUGUCGGCCGGUCUCCUACUACUGGACACAGUAUGUGGAUCCUAGCGGAGGGAAGUGCGUCUUCAACCUCUUUCCCUUUUAUAUAGGCAAUGCUGCGGCGAACGUCACCACGGAUGUGAUUAUCUUGCUUGUUCCCAUUCCUAUAGUGUGGAAGCUACAGAUGAGAUCCACCCAGAAACUGUUGAUCAGCGGAAUUUUCAUGCUAGGCGGAUUUGUUUGCGUCGCAAGCCUCAUCCGGAUCUACUUUAUGACCUUCCUCAAAACCUCGCUCGAUGUCACCUGGAUCAUGGGAGACGUUUUUAUCUGGUCCAGCGUCGAACCCUGCAUUGGCAUUGUGUGCGCUUGUCUCCCAACCUUGCAGCCACUCCUCCGAUACACGAUUGCCCUAGUAUUCGGAACGAGCAGGGAACGAUACAUGGAUAAUUCGGAGCCGGUAGCGCCAGUAAAGAGAAAGAGUACACGGCGGAAGCCGCACAUGCCCCUUGACUGGGAUGAGGCCUUGCUGACGACCAAUGCCGUGCAAGUCGAAAUGGGUGAUGUCAGGACAGAGGGGAGCGAGGAUGGCAAAAUUACAGUGAAUACGGAUUUUCGAAUGGGGGAGGAGCAGCGGCAGAAAGAUAGUGCAGAAAGAUAG